UCACCGUUACUUUCGCCUACCUAUCGACUCACGUCUUUCAGUAUUAGAUCACAAGAUAUAUUCAACACUUGCAAGCAUAUGUUGUUUCUUCUUCGAGAGCUCAUCACAGUUGCAUUCUGAAAAAAAUACCACCGGUGCUCGGUGCGCCUCAGCCACCCUGAAACAUCACCUGUCCGGGUCAAAUGAACCCGAUUAGACUUGCAUGUUCUCGAGAGUCAACAGGAAGACUACCGGUUGGUUGGUGUUGGUGACCAGCGUUUCCCCAGAGCUCCUCCUCGCUACUCACAUCCCGUCUGAGAGCUGCUGUGCUUUCAAGCACAAGUCAUGGGUUGUCAAGCAAGUGGCUGUACCCCCACGACCCUACCACCCCACAUCUCCAUGCGCCUUCAAGUGACGGGUCGAGAUCUCCCAAGGCUAGCAUCGUACAUUCAUAUCCUUCUUUGGCAGGAAGCACAUGUUUGAACCUUGAUCCGCACAAGGGUUGAGCUGUCAGUGCUCGGGUUGGUCACAGUGAUGGCCAUGUAUCGCAGUCACCGGCGUCUCCGACCUCUUGGCUCACCUCUCUAGUUCAGUUCCUGUAAACAUUUUCAUACACCAUCUACCGGCACCAUUUGCCGAUGGACUCGAGAAUCACGCCGAGCAUCAUGCAUGUUUACAAGAGCUCCAGUACUGCACGUGAAGUUCGCUGUAUCAAUUUUAGUGCAUGGAGGUCUUGUUUCAACUGAAUUCGUGGUGUUAUCAAGAGGUCUCUUGACACUGCCUAACGAAGUAAACUAGCUCUUCGAGGUCUUGGUCAAGAAACAUGGUAUAUUUGUACCGCUGCCCAUUAGACGUCCUCGGCGAAGCCCUGGCCUAGGCCGACCAGCAUCUCGGCUUGCGUGGAACCCGCACUCUGGCCCUUCCUGCUACACCUUCAGACACAGCAUGCGGAUCACAGCAGAGAUAACUGCUUCCUGGCCUCCAUCGAAUAACGUUGAUCCAGAAACUCGCGGGCCGAACAACAUCAUUGUCGGGUUACUUCUGUUGAGUUUAGCAGGGGUUGUUCUCGCCAUACGAAUUUAUACACGCGUGAAGAUAUCCAACGGCUUUGGUCACGACGACGUGCUGAUCUGCCUUGCAUACGUACCCGCGGUGGCCUUUGUGGUGCUCCAGGCCAUAGGUCACUUCAGACUCGACACAGAUCGUCACACGUGGGAUGUACGCCCUGAACUGGUGAUGCUGAGUUUGCAGGUUGGCCUUGCAGAGCAGAUUCUCUUUGCCCUGGCAACAGGGUUCACCAAGCUUUCCAUUCUCGCUCUCCUCUACAGAGUAGCUGCUUGCUCGAGGGGCCGGACCAAGCACGUUGUGUUUGUCCUAUCCGGGGUGGUAACACUCGAUACAAUUGUGUUUGUGCUCGUGACGAUAUUCCAAUGCUCACCCAUAUCCGACAUCUGGACAGUCGCUCUUGGGCCACAGCGCUGCAUCAAACAAGGGCUUCACGUUAUUGUUGCCAGUAUUAUCAACACCAUCCUGGACUUCCUCAUCGUCUUCGUCCCCGUCAAGAUGGUGUUGGGUAUUCAGUUGCCUCUCCCCCAACGUCUCACGAUUCUUUCACUCUUUGCAGGUGGAUUGCUCGUCUGCAUCGCUGGCUCAGUCAGGACCUAUCUCACCUGGGUUAUGGUCACCAGUCCGGAUGGUGAUAUUACUUGGCGACUGUACGACACCAGGUUUCCAGGCGCAGUCGAGCCUUUUCUUGGUAUCAUUUGCGCCUCGGCCACAGCCACCAAACCAUUCUUCGCACGCUACUUUCCACGACUCCGGAUAUUGGAGAAACCGCCUGCUGCUGAUUCUGACAGCAAACCUAAUCGACCUUCUCAUCAAGCGAACAAGAGCCAGCAGUCGGGGUACUUACCUACCAAUGACAAGAACCAAUUUCUCCCUAACCUAAACAAACCAUUACCGAGCCCACCUACGAAUGCGGGCGUUACAAGACACGACGUUCAACCAAUCCAUCCUGGCGGUAUAUGAAUACGACACCCGCGCCCAAAGUCUAACCAGUGGUCCGUCUUUUCUACUCAAUCUGACGACUUUUGCUUAUUUUGGAGCACGGGAGGAAAUUUCCCAUCUCUUUGUCCUCAUCUCCCCCGUCUUGACGAGAUUUUCCGCCGGGCGGGUAUGGAUAUUGUCUUGGGUUGGGUGUAACUUGGUCCCGACGAAGCCUUGUAGUUAUUAAAGAAUCCACAUAUUUCUGUAUUGUGUGAUGACACAACAGGGGGGAACUCUGCAUGCGUGGGG